AAGGAAAAAAAAAUAUCUUAGAAACGUGGGCGGAGGGGGAGUUGGCUGGGAAGAGAGAGAUGGAGAUAGCUCGUUGUUCUACGUCUCUAAUGGCGUCACGGCUUCCGGCGAGGCUCCCCUCCCCGCCCUACGCCUCUCUGGCCGCCUACAACUCCGUCUUCUUCGCCAAUGGCGGACGGGUCCUGGCCAGGACGAGGCUCUCCCUGGCCUCCGGCCGGCGGCGAAGGGGGGGCAGUGGUGGCGGCGGGUGCCGUUGCCUCUUCGGUCUCGGCGUCCCCGAGCUCGUCGUGAUAGCCGGCGUCGCCGCGCUGGUCUUCGGCCCCAAGAAGCUCCCCGAGAUCGGCCGGAGCAUCGGAGAGACCGCGAAGAGCUUCCAACAGGCUGCUAAAGAGUUUGAAACCGAGUUAAAAAAGGAUGACGAAGAUGCUACUAAACCCACUCCUCCAGCUGAGAGUCCCCAGGUUGUUAGCAGCGAAGAUGAGAAAGAAGAAAUGGAAGCUUCGGGCUCGGGCACCAAAAAGAGCUCAUGAAUUGGGACCAUGAUCCAUCAGCUGCCAAAGGUUGCUUCAAUGUUGUAUCAGCAGGUUGUAUUAAGUUGCUUUCUUCAAAAAAAAAAAAAAAAAAAAAAAUCCUCAUGCAGCAGAUAUGGAGUUGUUUAUAAGUGAAGAACCAAGUUUCUUGUAGUUGCUGACAUUAUGCAUGGAGGUUCUUAUUUUGCACAUCAAAGAUGUGGUGCCAUCUUGCUGGUGUAUCUUUUAAUGAAUCAGUCAGCAAUUAUAACAGUAUCAGACCUAUUUGCAAUAGAAAAUACUCUAAAGAUUUCUCAGGA